AUGGCGGUCUCAGCUUUCCGUGGCACGCGAUUACCAUUUCUUCACCAGUCUCAGUUUCCCGUUGCGAGAAAUGUAUCAGGGAGGUAUAAGAAGGUGAUCGGAGGAAGAAUUUCGAAAGGGUUUGUUCUCUCGGCGCAGUAUUCGCAAACCCAGGAUCUUUUCACUUCUCGCCUUCAAAGCCGUAUAGAGAACUUACCCAAACUAGUGGAGGAUAUAGUUCAGACAUCCAUAAACACAGGUCCACGCGGUGCCUUACGCCUUGUCCAAGGCGUUCAGGCCUUUGUAGGGGUUGGAGGAGAAUGGCUUAGUGAUAUAUCCAAGUCGACAAAUGUGUCUGGUGGAUUACCAACUGAAAUGCAGCUUGGUCUACUGUCUCCUCUAUAUUUGAGGAAACUCUUUGAACGCAUGGGGGCUACUUACAUUAAGUUGGGCCAGUUUAUAGCAUCUGCGCCAACUUUGUUCCCACCAGAAUAUGUCAUAGAGUUUCAGAACUGCUUCGACAAAGCUCCUCCAGUACCGUUUGAGGAAAUUCGUAAAAUCUUGCAAGAGGAGCUUGGGCGACCCAUAGAAAGCGUAUACGAAUAUGUUGACCCUACGCCACUUGCAUCAGCCUCUAUAGCACAAGUCCACGGUGCGAGGCUUAGAGGCUCCCAAGAGGAUGUAGUGAUUAAGGUCUUGAAGCCUGGAAUAGAAGAUUUCUUAAUGGCAGAUUUGAACUUUAUCUAUGUUGUCGCUCGUAUAUUUGAGUUCCUUAGUCCGGAGUUCAGCCGUACUUCGCUGGUUGGUAUUGUCAAAGACAUUCGUGAGUCGAUGCUUGAAGAAGUAGAUUUCAAUAAGGAGGCUCAAAACAUUGAGUCAUUUAAGAGAUAUCUUGAAACCAUGGGGUUGUCAGGACAAGCUACAGCUCCAAGAGUGUAUAAGCACUGCAGCAGCAGGCGGGUACUCACAAUGGAGCGGCUAUACGGAGUUCCUCUUACUGAUCUAGAUUCUAUAAGAUCACUUGUUUCCAGUCCAGAAAACAGCCUUAUUACGGCCCUUAAUGUGUGGUUUGGAAGUUUACUUUCUUGUGAAAGUUUCCAUGCUGAUGUACAUGCCGGUAACUUAUGGCUGUUGCGUGAUGGCCGGAUUGGGUUUCUUGAUUUUGGCAUUGUUGGCCGGAUAUCACCCAAAACAUGGGCGGCUAUGGAAGUGUUUUUAGCGUCUAUUGCAACUGAAGAAUAUGAAUCCAUGGCCUCAGCUUUGAUUCAAAUGGGUGCCACAAACAGAGAUGUUGAUGCCAAAGCUUUUGCUAGAGACUUGGAAAAGAUGUUCUCUUCUAUACAGGCAAGCAAUUUUCGUCUUGGCAAUUUUAACCAGCUUACAUCUGAAAUAGAUACAGAGAUAGUAGUGGCUACAGCUCGUGGAACAAAUUCAGACACAACUGCUGUUGCUGCUAACGUAGUUGUGGAUGAGAGACAGAUGAAUGCUCUUUUCCUCGACCUGGUGCGUGUUAGUGAAUCAUAUGGGCUGAAGUUCCCGAGGGAGUUUGCACUUCUAAUGAAGCAGCUUCUGUAUUUCGAUCGGUACACGAGACUAUUAGCCCCAAACCUGAACAUGCUGCAGGAUCAGCGAAUCUCUGUUGUGUCCAACAGGAGGGUGAAUCGAUAUAAAGAUAGCUUCAACUAA